AUGAUGAUCAUGACUAGCAACGAUGCCCACGAGAAGAUGAUGAUAAUGACGUUGAUGAUGGCUGGUGAUAACAGUAAGAAAAUAGUGGCAAUGUUACGAAAAUUUCUAAUACCAACUGUUAUUGUCAGUAUUCUGCUCCUGCUCACCACCCUGAUAACGCUCACCAAAACGGAAACAACAUAUGUUGUUACACCAUCAACACCCAAGCGAACGGUUGUUGUUACGAAAUCAACGGCAACGAAGUCGGCACGACCUGUCACAAUAGUCCUGGCAACAUCGGUGGCAGAUUACAACGAAACAACAAGAACGGCCAAUGCCAGCAGCUUGGCAGUCGACAACACACAUAAUGAGAAGAGUGGCAGCAACAGUAGCAACAAAAACCUGGGCAAAGUUAACACCAAGAAGCUAUUGAAUAAUGCCCACGUAACAACAACAACAUCGUUGCUGCCCUUACAGCCACCUCUGAAUGUGACAUCAACCACUUUGGCAAGUUUUAUAUUAAAUCAGCAACGUCAGCAGCAGCACAAGAAACAACGACAACAACAGCAUCAACAACUGACAAAACAUCAAAAGGAUCAACAGGACCAGCAAAAGAAGGAGCAAAAAUAUCAUCAACAGCAGCUCCAGAAUAUUUUGAGGCAACAGCAACAACGUCGUCAACAGCUGCAACAGCAACAGCAGCAGCAACAACGUCAAAGUCGCCAACCCGAUAGAAAUGAAACUGGGGCGGCUGAGGGAGCUACAAGCCCCGCUGCCGCUGUGGAUGUUGGCGGUGACACGCAACAAUCCCAAAAACAUUUAAUAAAUGUUUCAAACGAAUCCGACAACAACAACAACAAAAGCGAAGAGGACUCGAAAAAGGUCGAGCCCUUGGAUGAAGUUUCGGCCCACAUAGAGCUCAUUGCACCACUUGCCACUUCGACAAAUGCCUAUAUACCCUUCGAUUUGGAUUACAAUGAUCCGGCAGAGGAAAAGUCACGGCCGCCCGAACCCAAAAAACAAUCCACCAUUAAUGAGGUCCUAACAAAUCUAUUUCCCAUAGGAUUUUCGGAUAUUUUCAAGUUUAGUUAUCCGGCUGAUGAACAGCAACAACAGCAGGACCACCAGGGACACCUGGUUUACCAAAUACCCCAGGAACACGAAGGGCAUUUGGAACAUCAAAUACCCCAAGAAUAUCUGGAACACCUGCAGCCCCAUUUACAUCAAGUACCUCACGAAAUUCCAAACUCUGCACCCGAAUUUAUUUCCAAUCCUGUCAUCGAGCAUCAAGUCCAUCCCGUUUAUAUACCACCCGAAGUCCAGAGAUCCUUGCCAGCAACUCCAUCACCCACGGUGGCCAUGAAAUCUACCCCUACACCCUUCAAACCCAUGCCUGAGAAGAGUGCAGAACUGGCUUCCAUUGAAAUGUUGAUACCCUUCAAACCAAUGCCAACGGAUAGACCGCUGAAGGGCAGGGAAUUCCAUGCCAGAAUUGUGCAAAAAGAGAAAGUCUACAAUGAUCCACUGGCUAUUGCUUUUGAAACUCAAUCCGGAGAGGAGGAAGAAGGAGAGCAACAGGUUCAGGAGGAAGUUGAGACAACAACUCCCACUACAACCACAUCAACGACAACCAGAAGGAGUACCACAACAAGGAAAGUUCCUUCUACAACAACAACAGCAAGAACACGCUCUACAACAACAACAACAAAAGCUCCCUCUACAACAACAACGAAAAAGCCUUCCUUUACUACCACAACUACAACUGCUCCUUCAAAAACACUAUCUACCACCACCAGAAAACCUCGGGGAAAAUCUUCUCGAAGAAGACCUCCCAAAUCCUUUCAAACCUCAACGACUACCAAAAAACCUGCCACAAAAUCCAGAAAGGAAGAGGAAACUCCUGGCGAAUGGCCUAAAAUAUCCAAAACCCUCAUUCCGUUUGAGCCAAAACUGGAGGAAAUAUCGGAAUCCCAAAAGACUGCGCCGGAAAAUUCCACGAUAAUCUCUACCUUUGUGACCAUGACCCGGGAGACAAGAAGGGAAACGAGUCCGGGUCAUGUGGAAAUUGUGGUGGAGAAAUUCCUGGGCGACCCUUCUGCCAGCAAGUCCUCCUCUGAAGAUUUUCGGGAUGGCAGCAAUUCCAUUAGUAAAGAGGAGCUGCUGCGUAUAAAUCGUGCUGCCAAGGAGGCCUCGGUGCUGCCAAGUCUCCUCGUAAAUCCAGAUGAUGACAAUGCCACCAAUGGCAACUCAACUUCCGGCUCCAAGGCCCCAAUUGUCAUUCUGAAUGACAAUUCCUCGGAUGAUUUUGUGGAUGCUCCGCAGGAUGAUAAUCAAAUAGCAGAGACUCAAAACUUUGCCCAGGCAGUCUAUCAGGAUCCGGCCCAAAGUGUCACAUAUUCCGAGGGACCUACUCACUCGGUCAAUGUCCACAUUAUCCAUGACGAUAAGCUGAGGAAGGCCCAGGAGGAAACGGAAAAAUUACUGGAACGGGAAAAGCAACAGGAACAGGCCACCCAGCCGAGAUAUCAAUCCUAUCAGGCAUUUGUGGAGCAGGCAAAGCAGAUACAAAAUUCCCUGGAGGAGGCUCCUUCCAGGAAGUUCCUGAAAAAUUUCAAACCAGUUCUCUCCCAGAACCCCAACCCCCCGCCAGUGCCGAAGGGUAACUUCCAUUAUGAACAAAUGCCGGAGAGUCAUAUCCAGACGGUGCCUCCCGCAGCCCAGUUGCAGUUUGUCAAAUAUGAGCGAGUGCGGCCGGAGUAUCAGCCCCAAUAUGAGGAGCAUCAUGAGUCUUCGGAGUUACACACCUCAAUUACGAACAGCGGCCAGGUGAGUGACAAGGAGGCCUAUGAAACAGUCGGACAUGCAGAGAAUCCGGAACCCCAAUCUGUCACCCCCUACAAUUUUGUGUUUGUAACCAUGCAGGGUCCGCAAAAGCGGGAGGAGGAACAGAUGGAACAGCAUCAGGUACAGCAACCCCAGGAACAAUAUUUGGGACCCUACAAUCCCCACAAGAGUCCCCAGGAAUUUGUCUAUGAGGCCCUUCACUCCCAGGCUCCCUCACAGCCACAGCCUCAACCCCACCCUGAGCCGGAACCUGUUGUCGAACAUGACCAUCAACCCCAGGAAUCUGAGGACAAUCCCAAGCCCAGUGGCGGCGGAGGCUAUACCUUUGUGGAGGUCCAAAAAUCCAUUAACAUCCACAACAAACUCAUCACCGAAAAAGAUGGUCGGCUAAUCGAGCAGCAUGAGACCAUUUAUCCGGAACAGAAAUAUGGGGAGAGGUUAGCCCCCGAACAUCAUCAGCCCCAACAUCCAACCCCUCCGGCCCAGGAUUAUGUGUCUCUGUCACAAAAUCCCAUUCAUGUUGCCCAUGAGGAGUAUGAGCAGGCAGCCUCCUUGAUUGAGGAGCAGCAUGCCCUGGAUCCGGCGCAGUCCCUCAUAGAUAUUGGUCCCAUACAACAAUCAAAUCUCGUACAGGAAAGUCACAUUGUGGAGACGCCCUCGGCCAAGGGAGGGCAGUAUGUCCAGAGCCAAACCCAGGAAGAGGUACACCAAGAGGAAGUAAAUCAUUCUUAUCAGGAACAUGAACAGGUUGAGGUUCAGCAGCAUCAUGAAGCAGAACAUCACCAGCAUCAUCACCAUAACCCCCAAGCAGGUGGUCAUGUAGAGGAGGGCCACCAAGCUCCUCCUCCCCCUCCACACCCUUCUGCACCACAAAUCCAAAUUCCCUAUGCCCUACGACCGGAACACCAUCAACCCUAUCAGGGUCCCCUGGUGCUGCAGGAGGUCAUCGAGAAACAUGUCCACAUACCCUAUGCCGUACCCGAACCCAUUCCGGUGCCUGUGCACUUCCAACACUUCAUAGAUCGCCCAGUGCCCAUAGAAACCAUAGUUGAAAAGCCCGUACCAUAUCCCGUUGAAAAAGUCGUCGAAAAGGUUGUCGAAAAACACGUCCCCGUGGAGGUGGAGAAAAUUGUUGAAAAACCCGUGGAGAAAAUUGUCGAAAAAUAUGUGGAUCUCCCCGUGGCCAUACCCAUAAAAAUACCUGUGGCCCUACACAUUCCAAAUCCCAAUCCCAUUUACUCUCCCCUCUAUGGGCAUGGCCACUAUCCACCCUCGGCGCCAUAUGGCGGAAGUGCCUCGGGCGCAUGGCCUCAAUCCUCGUCCACACUGGCCCGCAUACCCACCAAAAUCCUGCAGGCCUACUAUGCCAAAAUGCUCAAGAAACUGGUACCGCAAAUGACCCAGGCCUAUAAAACCUCACCCUUGGCCUCGAAACCCAAAUAUCAGGCCUCCAAGCCAACCACCAAACAUCCAGCCAAAAUAAGUGACAUACGUUUCGAUUUGAAGCCCCCACCACCACCGCCAUUGGGUCCCAGCUGGGAUGUGGGGGCUCGGUAUCAAUAUGACUACAACACCCUGCCGCUGGAUCUCUCCGCCUCAUCGUCCAUUGCUGUGGCCGAGCACAGCAAACGUCCCACUGUGCCGGGCUUUAAGGGGAACUAUGAUGAGUUCCAGCGUUGGCGCAAUGGCCACAGCCUAAAGCGUAGCCCAGAUUUUGGUAUGAAUCUGCACAUGGAAUAUGGUUUCAAGCCGCCCCUGGUACCAUCCGUAGAAAUCGAUGACAAGGGGGUGCCUCUGAAGGCGGCAGCAGAUCUGACGAAGGGAAAAGAGGAGUAA